AUGAUGGGGACGGACCUGAUGUGGAGCAGAAAACCGUACAUUAGCCCGAAGUAUGACGUCGCCAAGUUACAUUCCGUGGUCGGUAGUAGGGAACAAGCAUGCCUAGGUCCUGGUACAGAGAUGCUUGGUAUCAAUAAAACGGCUCCAGAGCAUCGGUCCGUACAUGUACUGACUUCAGAAAACACGAAAACUAUCACGACUCCAUUUGGGAAUGUAGCAACCAUCUCCGUGACGUAUGAGGAAAGGCGCUAA